AUGGAAAGCCGGAUUGUUCCUCUAUACCUACCCAAGGGUGUUGACAAAGUCAUUGGUUUCGGAUCGUCUAGCAUUAUAGGCCGUCUCGAUGAUUGGACUGUCUUGAAGUACCCACGCAUUCCAGGAGAGCAGUGGGACCGGUUCGAGAUCGAAGAGCACAUAUACAAUGCGCUAGGAUCCCACCCCAGGAUCAUCACCUGUUUUGGCUUGGAUGCCCGGGGUCUAAAGUUAGAAUUCGCAACGAUGGGAACAGUGAAAGAUCGUCUGCGACACUACGGAUCAGCUAGUUCGGUUUCUUGCAAGGAUAGAUUGAAGUGGUCCCGGCAAGCUAGCGAAGCUUUAGCCUACAUUCAUACGAAGAAUGUCGUCCACUGCGAUGUUAAUACUCGGAAUCUUUUGCUCGACAAGAAUCUGGACGUGAAGCUCUCCGACUUUCAAGGCAUUUAUGCGGAUUCGAAUGGUGGCACAUUAUACGGCUUCGCUUUAGAAAACUCCAAAUCAUUUCUCCCUCGUUCUGCCAAUCACUCAGACCAAAAGUUUGACCUCUUCGCACUGGGCACUGCUAUUUACGAAAUCAUGAGUGGCUAUGAACCUUUCCCAGACCUGGACGGAAUUGAUAAUGAGGAAGAGAUUGAGAGACGGUAUAUCAAGGGACAAUUCCCUGUCCUCGACGAUGUUUUGGCUGGACAAAUCAUCUACAAAUGCUGGUCACUUGCGUACAACACGGUUGAUACCUGCGUAGAGGAUCUCAUAGCUCUUGAAGUGUCAGGUCAUGCAGAGACAGUCUCUUAA